AUGGGGAGGUGGGCCCUCGACGUGGCCUUUGUGUGGAGGGCAGUGCUGACCCUGGGGCUGGUCCUCCUCUACUACUGCUUCUCCAUCGGCAUCACCUUCUACAACAAAUGGCUGACCAAGAGCUUCCACUUCCCCCUCUUCAUGACAAUGCUGCACCUCGCCGUGAUCUUCCUGUUCUCCGCCCUGUCCCGGGCGCUGGUCCAGUGCUCCAGCCACCGGGCCCGCGUGGUGCUGAGCUGGACCGACUACCUCAGAAGAGUGGCUCCGACAGCGCUGGCCACGGCACUCGACGUGGGCCUGUCCAACUGGAGCUUCCUCUACAUCACCGUCUCACUGUACACCAUGACCAAAUCCUCAGCCGUCCUCUUCAUCUUGAUCUUCUCGCUGAUCUUCAAGCUGGAGGAGCUGAGGGCGGCACUGGUCCUGGUGGUCCUCCUCAUCGCCGGGGGCCUCUUCAUGUUCACCUAUAAGUCCACGCAGUUCAACAUGGAGGGCUUCGCCUUGGUGCUGGGCGCCUCGUUCAUCGGCGGCAUUCGCUGGACCCUCACGCAGAUCCUCCUGCAGAAGGCGGAUCUUGGGCUCCAGAACCCCAUCGACACCAUGUUCCACCUGCAGCCACUCAUGUUUCUCGGGCUCUUCCCUCUCUUUGCCGUGUUUGAAGGUCUCCAUUUGUCCACCUCUGAGAAAAUCUUCCGUUUCCAGGACACAGGGCUGCUCCUGCGGGUGCUCGGGAGCCUCUUCCUCGGCGGGAUUCUUGCCUUUGGCUUGGGUUUCUCCGAGUUCCUCCUGGUCUCCAGAACCUCCAGCCUUACUCUCUCCAUUGCCGGCAUUUUUAAGGAAGUCUGCACGUUGCUGUUGGCAGGUCAUCUGCUGGGCGAUCAGAUCAGCCUCCUGAACUGGCUGGGCUUCGCCCUCUGCCUCUCGGGAAUAUCCCUGCAUGUCGCCCUCAAAGCCAUGCACUCCAGAGGUGAUGGCGACCCUAAACCCUCGAAGGGGCUGGGCUCCAACCCCGACCUGGAGCUGCUGCUCCGGAGCAGCCAGCCAGAGGAAGGGGAGAACGAGGCGGCAGAGGAGGAGGAGUUAGUGGCCCAGGGAUAG